AUGGCCGACCGGAGGUCCACCUCUCCCGAGCCCCGUUUGGACCUGAUCAACUUUGCCUCGGUGGAUGCACAGAGGAGUCCGUAUGUUUUAACGAGCCCCCGCUCGCUUCAGUCCUGCGCACGACUCGGUGCCAAACCUGUUGCACUUCUGAUUAAAUCCCUGAACGAGUUGAUUGCCGAACAGAGGGACGCGCCCUUUGAGGCGGUGAGGGUCAUGCAUGAAUCCUACGAAAAGGAGAGAAAGAAGCUUUUACGAAUGUGUCGGGAGGAGAGGGGGAAGAUUGUGCAGGCGACAGAAGAUGGGUGUCCAGGAAGUAAAGCCUCAGACCUGCAAGUGGAGCCUGAGACCAAACUGAAAGAUCACCAUGGGCCCAUCCCGUAUGCAGAUCUGUGCAUUAAAGGGAAAUCUGUGAGCAGGUCAUCCUGUCCAGACAGGAGCACAGUGUGCAGCUUCAGCCUGGGAGACCUCAGGCACUCCAUAGCGACUGAGAUGAAACUGGAGAGGCUCACCAAGGACAUCAGGAAGGAGAUGUGUGUCACUGUGUCAGAAAGAGACCGCAAGAUAGCAGCUCUCAUGCUGGUGAAGCACCAGGAGGAGCAGGAAUCCCUGAAGCACCGUCAACAAGAGGAAGAGGAGCGGCAGGAGGCCCGCAGGCAGGAGGUGGUCAUGCGUGCUCAGGCAGAGAAAAAGAGGAGGAAGAAACUCAAGCAGAGCAUGCAACACUGGCAUGAGGAGCUGGAGGCCCGCAGGAGGCUGAGGGAGCAGCAGGAGAAAGAGAAAUCAGGGCAACUUGAGCAGGAGGUGCUCCUGCAGGAAGACAGGUGGAAGAGGCUGAAAGAGGAGGUUGAGGAGCAACGCAGAGAAAAGAUAGAGGCUGCUCAGAAAGAGGCAGAGGAGCGCAAACACUACCAGGAGAAGCUGCUAAGAGAGAAGGAGGAGAGGGAGCAGAAGGCCAGGAGGAGAAAGGUGGUGCAGGAGAGGAAGGAGAAGAAGAGGCUGGAGGAGGAGAAUCGCAGGGAGCUGCUACGGCACAUCCUGCUCAAACAGAAGGUGGAGCAACAGGUGGAGGAAGAGGGGGUGAAGAUGAGGAGCAUGCUUGAGAAGAAGCUGCAGCACUCCUGCGAGAAACACGCCCAGGCUGUGGAGGCGCGGCUGAAGGAGCUGCAGGAGCGAGCUGCACGGGAGGAGGAGCAGAUUCAGAGAGCGAGGCUGAGGGCCGAGCUGCAGAGUUUCCAGCAGCUCACGCACAAACAGAUCCUGGUCCAGCUGAGCCAGAGGCGCAUGGAGAGAGCCGCACUGCACGCCUCGACCCAGCACAGGGUCAGAGCUCAGCAGACACACCAACACAACAAACACAGGCAGCUCUGCCAUCGGAGGCUCAGAGAGAGGCUGCAGAGAGAGGAGGAGGCCAUGAGGAAGGUCAGAGAGAGCUGCAUCACCAUGAAGGAGUGGAGGAGGGAGAGACUGCAGAGACAGCGGGAGCAGAUACAGGAGGAAGCGCACAGGCUGGCUCGGGCCUCCUUUCUCAUGAGGGAGAGAGUGAGGCAGCAGACGCACAGUCGAACCUUUGAUCAGAUGGCUCUGGAGGCUCAGCUGACUGCCUACAUGAGCCGCGUGAAACUGUGA